GGUUCACACCCUGCCGGGCCGGGUGGACAGGCCGCGGCCGCCACCACCCGCCGCAGCAGUAGCGGCCUCUGCCAGCCGGGCCCCAGCGCUGCGCUGCCCGAGAACCGACACGGCGGGGAGAGGCAGGGAGGGGUAGCGGUGCCCCGGGCAGAGCCGCCAGGCGCGCCCCUUCAGUCCGCAACUGAACCACCGCGCCCAGCACAGCAGACUGAGCAUGUGCAAGCGGUAUGGGUGCGGUGGCCAUAGCCGCUUAGGCAAGUCCAUUCUCACGGGGAGGCAGCUUGCUUGUCAGAGCGGUGUAUAUAUUGAGAACCGGAACGCUCCACUAGAUUUCUCCCCGCUUUUUGGUAGCGCCCAGAGCGAGGCGGUGGAGGGCGCCACGCGCCAGCGGAGUUGUUUCUCUGUUGCUGGGAGCUGCGGGCGGCUCGCGCCGCCGUCGCGUGCCUGCCCCAACGGCCGCCGUCGCUCGCCGGCCGCCAUGCGGCACCUGCCGUACUUCUGCCGCGGGGAGGUGGUGAAGGGCUUCGGCAGGGGCUCCAAAGAGCUGGGCAUCCCCACCGCCAACUUUUCUGAGCAAGUAGUUGAAAGCUUUCCAUCUGAUAUGUCUACUGGUAUAUACUAUGGAUGGGCCUGUGUUGGAAAUGGAGAUGUGCAUAAAAUGGUUGUGAGCAUAGGAUGGAAUCCUUUCUAUAAGAAUAUUAAGAAAUCAGUGGAAACACACAUUAUCCACACCUUCAAAGAUGACUUUUACGGAGAAAUUCUUAGUAUAGUCAUAACUGGAUAUAUUCGACCGGAAAAAAACUUUGAUUCUGUAGAGGCACUCAUUUCAGCAAUUCAGGAAGACAUUGAAGAAGCAAAAAGACAGCUAGAUUUACCAGAACAUCUUAAACUCAAAGAAGAUAACUUCUUUCGUCUGCCGGAAGGCAAAACAGUGAACAAACAGUGAACAACCACUGGGCAAACCUAUGCUGCUUUUUUUUUUUUUUUUUCCUCCCGUGCUAGGAAACUUUUGUAUUUGCACUGCUUUUAUAGGUACUUUGUUGUCAUAUGUCUGUUUUGGUAACUGAGGAUGGAACCAACCGUACAUGAUAAUGUAAGUUUCCUUGUGCUAAUUCAUCCUUAACCCAGUCACGCAAAAGGAGCUGAAGGCAGUUUUAGGUGCUUACAAGAUACAUUGUGUAUCAUAAAGUUACCAGUUGUUCAGAGAUCUAAACACGUGCAGAACAUGACCAAAGGUAAUUGUGACCUCUUCUGAAUCUAAGAUAGGAGUUGUUCAUUUAAGUGAAGGCUGUCUGGUUUUAACAUACAGAAUGUUAUUUCAACCUCUUUUCUCAGUUUUAUAUAAUUUUUACAUCUGGAUUUUAGCUAGUAGCUUAGAAAAUUUUGCUAUUGAUUGAGUCAGAAAUUUCCUGUGGUGCAGGAAGCCAAUGAUUAGGUAACAGUAGCAAUAUUAAUUCUCUAUAGUUCUUAUUUUUUUAUAUACUACACAGCUGUGGUGGUUGAAGCUGUUAUUUUAAUUGAAAUUAUUUAUUUUAAGUUUAUUUGAGAUGUGGGAAAUUAAUGUUGCUCCUUAGUUUACCAGAAUCUGAGACAUAGUUCUUCAUAGUUGACAGUACAUAUGACAACACAUGACCUGUGUAGUUUACUUCUGAGGAAGUGUUUCACUGAAAUUCAGGAAAUGAAUGACAAUGUGAAAGUUGAUAAACUUUAAAGGUUCAGGCACAAAAGAUGCAGAAACAGUAUAACAAGACUUCUGCUCAUUGGGCCUUUAUGCAAAAGAGGUAACAAAAGGUGACUUUGCAUUUUAUGUACUGUUGGCAUUUGUCAUAGGAAAAUGGGGAGAACCUUGGAGUUAUUUACUACACUGGCAAUUAAAUGUCUGACUUCAAGAUUGACAUUUACUGUAAGGCACAAAAAAAUCCCAUCAACUCUCUGCACCAAGUGCGGGUACAAGCCAAGGUUUUGGCUGACCAAUACACAAAUGAAAGCCUUUGGGGAUACAUGAAAUAAUACAUCAACAUUAUAGUGGGUAUGGGUUAUUUAUUACAAGUAAUUGCAGCUGGUCCUACUCUGAAAUGUAGAGAUAGGUAAACAGAGGGGCAAUUGUCAGAAUAGAUACUAAUUUGGAAAAUGCUUCUUAAAGUAAGUAACGUGUGAUUUGAAAUCUACUUCUUUUUUUUCCUUUGAUUUUUUUUUUCUAUCCCCUGCUCAGUGAGUGGACCUAGGUAAGCUGCAGUGAUUUUGUCAUGUUUAUAAUCUUUUGGCAUCAGCUUGUGAUGUGGCUGGAACAUUUUCUGAAAUGCAAAAUGGUUCUGUGGAUAUGUCUCAAUUGUAGUUCUGUGUCUGAACUACCAUGUGCAAUUUGCAAAACACAGUUUCCGUCAUGCAAUUUUAUGAAUUUACUCUUUGUCCUAUCCUGAUUUUCAGGUUGGGUUUAAGAGAAUUUUAACAAGGUAGCAGUUUUGGUCUUUGACGCAGGUAUUGUCAGCAUGUUAGUUUCACUUCAUGUUGUUUUAACUUUGAGCAAAUAUCAUGGGAUAUUAUUAGGAAGGGGUCUUGAGCAAAUCAAGAACUUGAUUUCAUUUAAAUGAAUUGUUCACCAGUGCUGUUGGUAGCAGAGAUAGAGGGAAUACAGAAUUGGGGGUGGGGUGCUUAUCAGCAGUUAAGCAAACUUUUUUUUAAAGGAGUGGACUUUUACCAUCUAGCAUGUUGGAAACUGUAUUUCUAAGAAGUCUGUAAAAGAAUUGUCUUGCAAGAGUGACAGCUGGAUAAAGGGAGAUAUUUUUUUUUUUUUGCAAAGACUUGAGGAAUUCUUGAGAUUGUAGCAAUGUCAAAAUCUUAUAUUUUAUUACUUUUUUUUAAAAGAAAAAAGAAGCCACACUAGUCAGCUGAAUGUAUUGCCAAGAAUAUAUAUAAACAGAAUGUUGUUCAUCAAUAGUACUGUAGCUAGACACUCAUAGCAGUCUUUAAAAUUGUUUUUUUGCCAGUAAUUUCAUGUGUCUGUUGUGGAAACCAUAGUGCCUUAAGAUGGUUGUCCGAUAUAUACUUUUCUGUACCUAUGAAUCUGUACCUACUAUAAAAAAUCACCAUUUGCUUAUAGAACCACUGUGAUAUUGAUAGAGAAAAAUGGUAAAAGGAGAACUUGAAAAACUGUUAGUUUGCUCUCAAAUCUUAGCUGAAGUGUAUGUGUACACUGAACUAAUAAACUGCUCCUCGUGUGUUUGUCUUCAAAUUAGAGAAAAUGUUAUUACAUUCGUUUGGCUGAGGGUACCUGUCCGCAUUAUUUAAGAGAAAAUGUUAUAUAUCAAUUGUUGAAGUUCAAGACAUAAUUCCUGGCACAGUAUGAAUUUUAUGAAUGGUUAUAUUUUUGUAUUAUAUACAAAUAACUGUAUUUAUUUCAGUUGACGUUGCUGCGCUGUACCAUUAGUAAAGGAACUGUGGUUGACAAAGUUA